UCCACUUCAUUCGGAAAGGGGGCCUUAGAGGGCUGGAACAAUGACGAAGCAUCAGGGUUGUACACUGCCUCCGAUCAACUUUGGUACAAUUCAAGCAGUAGCCUCCCAUUGAUCCGCGCCUCAAGUCCGGCCUCACUUCGCAGAACAGAGGCCCAUGCAAGUGCCGAAGUAGAGCACGACUGGCCACAACCUCGUCUACGACGCCCCGCAGACGACUCAUUCGCCAGUCCCACUCGUCCCCGACCCGCGGACAUGGAGAAUGCUGAUCCGAAUGAUAGCCUUAUCGCGGCCUCCCUCGAUGACACGGUGAUGGAUACCAAUUUCGACACAGAAUUGGGGCAUGCCAACCAGGACAGUGAAGUGGUCACCAGCUCAGAGUCCCUGCGUAAGGACUCCAACGAUGAGAUGACAGUGGUUCAGCUCGAGCUGUUGCCUCUCUACACUGCUCAUCCGUUUCAGCUGGAGGCCGACAAAGCGACCAUCUUUAUGAAGAACAUUAUCCAUCCCAAUGAUGACUCACCGUAUUAUCCGAUCGCGCCAGACGGUAAGUUAGUGUCACUCGACUUAUCAUUUCAAAUAGAAAGUUGGAGGGAAAGAAUUCUUGAAUUGGUCCCUACCUCAGACCGACAGAAGAUUACUUUGGAGUGGAUAAUAUCGGAUUGUGCAAAUAAGUCUGUGGUUCACCGUCUUGUGACUCCAAUUAACCUGCGCUGA